UACCCUGAAAACAUUGCACAACUUCUGGAAAAGUCCAAAGCCACGGGAACAUGAAUCACACCGUCCGCAGCCUCCGGUAUAAAUAGAGGGGCAGGAGGCGUCCAGCUGCAGGGGCAAGAGAGCGCGCGCAUCCACAGCUGGGGUUUUUCUACUUCCAGAGACUGGACACUGACAGUGACCGAAGAUGAGGGUGUGUUGGUCAGUCCUUGGCCUCUCUCUCCUCUACAUUUCUGCAGAGUGUCUGCUCCCCCCUUCCAAAGAGGAGCUUCAGCAGAUCUCUGAGAAUGGAGAGAAGUAUCUGGAUAAGGAGAUUGAAAAUGCCAUUAACGGAGUGAAGGAGAUGAAGACAGUGAUGGAGAAAUCUGAUCAAAAUCACAAGAAAUUUCUCUCUUCCCUGGAGGAAACUAAGAUACAGAAAGAGGAAGCCCUGAAGGCCGCACAGGAGAUGGAGGAGAAGCUAGAUGAAGAGCAGCGGGUGUGUAAUGACUCCAUGCAGGCACUGUGGGAGGAGUGUAAACCAUGUCUUAAGAACACCUGCAUCAAGUUCUACUCCCGCACCUGCAGCAGUGGCUCUGGCUUGGUGGGCAGGCAGCUAGAGCAGGUUCUGAACCGGACAUCUCCCAUCUCCAUCUGGAUCAAUGGUCAGAACAUCGAUACUCUGGAGAAAGAGGAUCAGCAGCAGAGCCAGCACUUCCAGGACCUGGAGAAGCGUUAUGGAGAAGUGGCGGAUGGAGUGGACAGCAUCUUCAUGGACAGCAUGAAGGUGUUUGACCACAUGCGCUCGUUCCACCAGCCCAACAUCUUCGUCGGCCCCUACAGAAUGCCCAGCAUCUUCAGCCAGCCGGCUCGUGUCUACAGAUCUCCUUUCCAGGACCCCGAGUUCCACGGCUUCCACAACAUGUUCCAACCCAUGAUGCAGAUGGCUCGCAACAUCUUUGGAUCAUUUGAGCCCUACAUGGGAAGCGACAUGGACCUCACCAAUGAAGAUGGUGCUGUGAAUGAAGAUGUCAUCAUGACUAAGCCUUUCGGGGAUGAUAAAAUGACGUGCAGGGAGAUUCGCCGCAACUCUGCAGGCUGCAUUAAACUGCGAGGAGAGUGUGAGAAAUGUAGGGAGAUCCAGCACAUCGAUUGCUCUGGAAAGAAGCCUCUGGAAGGCCCCCUGAAGGAGGAGCUGGAACAGGCCCUGGCCAGGGCUGAAAGAUUCACUCAGGAGUAUAACAAGAUCUUGAAGCACUUUGAGGAGGAGAUGUUUAACACGUCAAAGCUGCUGGAUAUGUUCAACAAGCAGUUUGGCUGGGUGUCCUCACUGGCCAACCACACUAAGAGUGAUGAUGGAAUUUUUCAAAUCCAAGCGAUAAUAUCCAAGUCCUCUGAAGAUUCUGAGAAGCCAGCCGACACCAAAGUGUCAGUCAGACUGUUUGACGAGCCAGAAAUGAGCUUUACUGUGCCAGGAGACAUCCCCUGGAACGACCCCAAAUUCUCAGAAAUCACAGCGAAGGAGGCUCUGGAACGCUACAAACAGAACACUGUGGUUGCAUAGUGAAGUUCAGAAUCCCAGGAGAACCUUCUUUUUAAAGAAUGGACUGAACAACUUCACAAGUCAUUCAAAAUAGCCCAACAAGCUUUUUUUCUGCAUUAAUAUCUCAACAACCUGAAAGCUGUUUUACUUACCUAGCUGGAGAUCCUCUGUCUAGCAUUAUUCCUGCUGAUCCUCAAUUAGGUGUCAUAAGAGAUCCUCAGGAGUUUGUAUUACUAGAAAUGUACUUCUGCAGAUUCAGACAUAACCAGCCACACACUGACAAAUGUUAAUAAAAUAUAUAAUGGAA